AGAAAGAGGCUCGAGUUGUUCAUAUACAUUUCCCCCCUCGGGCCUCAUUUAUUUUCCGAGUUCCCCGUUGUUUUGAACACACUGAUGUCGGAGCUUUCCGACUACCUAGUUGUGAGUUUCCAGUUGUUGUGAACGCGGCAAAACUCACACUCUGGUCACGUGAGCCGCGCGGUGACGUACUCAUGAGCUAAAAAAAAAAAUAACAAUAUGCUAAUGCUCUUCCAGUUCAAAGUUCGCUUGUUUGGUCCUUUCGUAGAAUCUGUUUCCUGUUUAUUAUUUUUCAUGGAAAGUCGUCUAUCACACCACGUAUGUAGUAAUUAUCAUAGUACAUGUCUACGAUUGCAGCGUGUUACGUCACGUAAGGCGGAAGCUCAAAGAAUCAAAUGGUUAAUGUCAGCUGAACUGAGCAUACUGGUUACCCAGAGCAAACUGGCUACAUCGGGCUCUAAAAAAGAGCGAUCAGUGAACUAACUCUCUAUAUUGUGCUACAUUGAACCUAAACCCAUCGUCAUCAUGGAUACUCUCUACACUUAUAGAUUACUACCACCCACAUAUACCAACACGAAGGACCCUGAAUACAGUUAUAGACUAGUGAAGCUCGAACUUGUAGACUGCUGGCAAACUCCAGACCUGAACAUCAUCAUCAAACAAGAGGAGGAAGAGGAUAGCGUUCUACAAGUUAAAGAAGAAGAGGAGGAAGAGGAUAUUUCUCUGCAAGUUGAAGAAGAAGAAGAGGAGGAGGAAGAGGAUAUCUCUCUACAAGUUAAAGAAGAAGAGGAGGAAGAGGAUAUAUCUCUACAAGUUAAAGAAGAAGAGGAAGAUCACACUUUCAUGGUCAAAGUAGAGGAAGAAGAGAAGGACAAAGCUCUUGUAGUUAAAGAAGAAGAGGAGGGUGGUUUUACAGUCAAAAAAGAAGAAGAAGCUAUAGAGGUUUUUAUUUUUUCUGAUGGAAACUGCAACCAGUGGCCUGUCAGUGGGAAGAGUCCCUCGGUAUCAGAAGAACAACAACAACAGACGCGACCAAAGAAACAGCCAAAACAAACCCAGGAACCCCAUCACUCCCCUCUGUACUGCCCCGACUGUGGGAUGAGUUUUGUCAGCCCUGGGAUACUGAACGCGCACCGCAGAAUCCACCAGCCCAGAAUAAUCCACACCACCACCACCACCGGUGAGCCGUCUCACUACUGCCAUGACUGCGGCAAGACCUUCGACACCGCCCGCUACCUCAAAAAGCACCGCUUGGUUCACACAGCAGAGAGGACGCACCACUGUUCCCAGUGCGACCGGAGCUUCCUGAGACUCCAGCACCUCAAAGAGCACCAGAGAACCCACAGCGGAGAGAAGCCUCACUACUGCUCCGCGUGUGGGAAGGGCUUCACCAAGGUCCGACUGCUCCGGACACACCAGCGGCUGCAUGCCGUGGAGGGGGCCGACGUCGUCCGGGAUGUGUCGGAGACGGGGAUGAAGGAAGGUAGUGGGGUGGUGAUGUCAGCGAUGGGGCGGAAGAGAGCGCUGAGAGUUCUGGCCGGAGUGGACUACUACUACUGCUCUGAGUGUGGGAAGAGCUUCUCCAGUGCGGCCUAUCUUAAGGUGCAUCAGAAGGCUCACACAGGAGACAAACCAUACCAGUGUGCUCACUGUAAGAAAUCAUUCAGCACGUCGUGGGGUUUAAAGGUUCACCGGCAGAAUCGCUCUGGAGAGAAGCCCUACCAGUGCGCCGACUGUGGGAAGAGGUUCUCGGACCUGCGCAGCCACAAAGCCCACCGGAGCACCCACACUGGAGAGAAACCAUACACAUGCCCUGUCUGUGGAAAAGGCUUUGCCUGGCUAAAGAGCCUACAGAAACACCAGGCCGCACACAGCAGCAGUGAUGGUGGAGUCAUAGAAGUACAUAUAGAAUAAUGCAGGAUAUGCUGGAGGGUUUCACUCCAACCCCAAUCCAGCAGGAAAUGAGAAUUGGAUUCCAAAUGAAAGCAACCGUCUCAGUGUGGUGCCGGAGGACGGGGCUGGACCAGCUGACAUAAAACAAUUGAAGGGGACAGUUUGAUUAAAAGCUUGAAAUAAAAGUACAAAUCCAGGUCAAAACACAGGGCCCUGAUUAUAGAAACACAACGUCAUGGUCUCUCUUGGAUGAGGGAAUGCUGUUGUGUCAGAAGGACAUCAAAAUGUCACAUAACACCGGCUGGUAAAGCUCUCUCUUGGAUGAGGGAAUGCUGUUGUGUCAGAAGGACUGUUUUAAUUACAUCAAAAUGUCACAUAACACUGGCUGGUGAAGCUCUCUCUUGGAUGAGGGAAUGCUGUUGUGUCAGAAGGACUUUUAAUUACAUCAAAAUGUCACAUAACACCGGCUGGUAAAGCUCCCUCUUGGAUGAGGGAAUGCUGUUGUGUCAGAAGGACAUCAAAAUGUCACAUUACACCGGCUGGUAAAGCUCUCUCUUGGAUGAGGGAAUGCUGUUGUGUCAGAAGGACAUCAAAAUGUCACAUUACACCGGCUGGUAAAGCUCUCUCUUGGAUGAGGGAAUGCUGUUGUGUCAGAAGGACAUCAAAAUGUCACAUUACACCGGCUGGUAAAGCUCUCUCUUGGAUGAGGGAAUGCUGUUGUGUCAGAAGGACUGUUUUAAUUACAUCAAAAUGUCACAUAACACCGGCUGGUGAAGCUCUCUCUUGGAUGAGGGAAUGCUGUUGUGUCAGAAGGACAUCAAAAUGUCACAUAACACCGGCUGGUAAAGCUCUCUCUUGGAUGAGGGAAUGCUGUUGUGUCAGAAGGACAUCAAAAUGUCACAUUACACCGGCUGGUAAAGCUCUCUCUUGGAUGAGGGAAUGCUGUUGUGUCAGAAGGACAUCAAAAUGUCACAUAACACCGGCUGGUGAAGCUCCCUCUUGGAUGAGGGAAUGUUGUGGUGUCAGAAGGACAUCAAAAUGUCACAUUACACCGGCUGGUGAAGCUCCCUCUUGGAUGAGGGAAUGUUGUUGUGUCAGAAGGACUGUUUUAAUUACAUCAAAAUGUCACAUAACACCGGCUGGUGAAGCUCUCUCUUGGAUGAGGGAAUGCUGUUGUGUCAGAAGGACUUUUAAUUACAUCAAAAUGUCACAUAACACCGGCUGGUAAAGCUCCCUCUUGGAUGAGGGAAUGCUGUUGUGUCAGAAGGACAUCAAAAUGUCACAUUACACCGGCUGGUAAAGCUCUCUCUUGGAUGAGGGAAUGCUGUUGUGUCAGAAGGACAUCAAAAUGUCACAUUACACCGGCUGGUAAAGCUCUCUCUUGGAUGAGGGAAUGCUGUUGUGUCAGAAGGACAUCAAAAUGUCACAUUACACCGGCUGGUAAAGCUCUCUCUUGGAUGAGGGAAUGCUGUUGUGUCAGAAGGACUGUUUUAAUUACAUCAAAAUGUCACAUAACACCGGCUGGUGAAGCUCUCUCUUGGAUGAGGGAAUGCUGUUGUGUCAGAAGGACAUCAAAAUGUCACAUUACACCGGCUGGUAAAGCUCUCUCUUGGAUGAGGGAAUGCUGUUGUGUCAGAAGGACAUCAAAAUGUCACAUUACACUGGCUGGUAAAGCUCUCUCUUGGAUGAGGGAAUGCUGUUGUGUCAGAAGGACAUCAAAAUGUCACAUUACACCGGCUGGUAAAGCUCUCUCUUGGAUGAGGGAAUGCUGUUGUGUCAGAAGGACAUCAAAAUGUCACAUAACACCGGCUGGUGAAGCUCCCUCUUGGAUGAGGGAAUGUUGUUGUGUCAGAAGGACAUCAAAAUGUCACAUUACACCGCCUGGUGAAGCUCCCUCUUGGAUGAGGGAAUGUUGUUGUGUCAGAAGGACUGUUUUAAUUACAUCAAAAUGUCACAUAACACCGGCUGGUGAAGCUCUCUCUUGGAUGAGGGAAUGCUGUUGUGUCAGAAGGACUUUUAAUUACAUCAAAAUGUCACAUAACACCGGCUGGUAAAGCUCCCUCUUGGAUGAGGGAAUGUUGUUGUGUCAGAAGGACAUCAAAAUGUCACAUUACACCGGCUGGUAAAGCUCUCUCUUGGAUGAGGGAAUGCUGUUGUGUCAGAAGGACAUCAAAAUGUCACAUAACACCGGCUGGUGAAGCUCCCUCUUGGAUGAGGGAAUGUUGUUGUGUCAGAAGGACAUCAAAAUGUCACAUUACACCGGCUGGUGAAGCUCCCUCUUGGAUGAGGGAAUGCUGUUGUGUCAGAAGGACUGUUUUAAUUACAUCAAAAUGUCACAUAAGUAUGUGACUUGUAAUUAUAUAUUUUAGAUGUUUAUAUUCAUACACAAAUGUCGUUUGUAAGCCUAGUUUUUUGUUCUCUCAGUGUUCUUUGGAUGGAUUGUGCAACAGGUGAUGUCUAUAUUUGUUUUUUCCGACAGCAAAAUGUGCUCACUAUAACAUGAAGUGUGUGGAGUAAUGUUUGGUUUGGAUCUGAAAUGAAUGGAUGAUGAAAAUAAACAUGGUCAGUUGUUGCACUCCGA